AUGUCUGGGGGCACAACCACAUGGUCUCAUUCGAGCUCUGGUACAGGAGCCAACUCCCCCUCAAACUCAGCCGCGCCAACUAAGCCAACCCCAACAGCGCCCUCACUCCAACCUACGACGCGAGGUAUUGAUCUGGGGGGAUGGAGUGUACGAGUGACCAGCGGGCCCAUAGGCUCAUCGGCGGAGAUGGACGCACUCGGCGACAUCCUCGGCAUCCCACCGCCCGAGAUGGCAUUCCCGCACAAUUCGCUUGUUCUGCAGCACGCCGAUUCCGGUUUCAGUCUAUGCUUUGACGCGGUGCGCACGCUUCGAUCGGUUGAGGGGGUGCAAAACGCCAAUCGGCUUCAUGGUAUUGACUGCCGUGAUGCGGCGGCGGCGUCCUCGGGCAGCGGCAAAGCGAGCGGGUUGGGGGCGAAACCGAAGGCGAAGGGCUCUUCGUCGAUCAAGGUGGCCUAUGCAAAGGAGUGGGGAAAGAGUCGAACAGAUUUCGUCGCCCCUCAGCCUGGUACUGCUGCAGUGGGAGAUGCGGCGACGAGUGAAGCCGCAGCACCAGGUGGGGCGUCAACUUCGCACUUCGGUAGCAGCACCGCCGAUAUCACCGCCGCCAAGGACUACGACUGGACCUACUCGACCACCUGGCCCGGCUCGAUCGGAGACACCGCCCCGCAGCCUCUGCUACCCAGCCAAUCGACGCCCACGAUCGCGCCCGGUCUGCGCCCCCUCUCCUCUACUCCACCUCCGUCAUCUCCGCAGAAAUGGUUCGAGCCAGGCACAGACCCAGCGCACGACCGUAUCCCCGUGGAGAGGCUAGGCCCUUCGUCAGGUGAACCGAUCUUGUUCUACGACGACGUGGUUCUGUACGAGGACGAGUUGGCGGACAACGGAAGCUCGAUUGUGAGUGUCAAGGUGAGGGUGAUGCCGAGCGGGUUCUUGGUGCUGCAGCGGUUCUUCCUGCGAGUGGAUGACGUGGUGUUUCGUGUCUUCGAUACGAGGCUGUACUGUCAGUUCGAGGCGAGUUCCGUUCCCAGAUCGAUGGGCGCUCGACCGCAGGGUUCCGCUUCGAGCAGUGGUCUACCGACGAGCCUCGCACAGCUCAAUCUGGGCGCUCCUCGAAUGACAGCUGGCAAACCGAAAGACGUCGACGUUGUCAUGUCGCAUGCUGGCGAAGACGACGAGGACGAGAAUGCCUUCACACCGCGGUUGAUUCGCGAGUGUUCCGGCAGCUCAGCAUCCUACGCACUGGUGCGCUCCCACCUGCCCGCCUAUAAACCGUACGACCUCUCCCCACUCACCGACGUCAACUGGGUCUAUUCGACGCUCACCAAGAUAUCGCGCACCCAGCAGUCAGCGUACCACGCCAAAGUUGCCUCGGGUGCCCAGCUACCCCAGCUGAGCCAUCGGGAUUCGAAUGCCGGGGCGAAGUUUGUUUCGCCGACGGCGAGUGCAAUCACCGCCGCGCCCGGAGCGGCGGGGAGGUAUGUUCCAACUGGCUUCCCUGGCACGCGGCCGGGCGAGAGGAUCGAUCUCUCCCCUGCAAGAGCGCCGUUGGGCGCGCAAGGGGGAGCACAGAUCCUGGGCCAGCUCGACGAUGCUGCGGAAGACGACGUCUCGUGGCCAGGAGACGGCGCCACUGUUCAUGUUGCGCUGCUCAAGUCACUCCGCUGA